CCUCGCCACGACUUUAGACAAGAUGUGAAGGGAAACAGCGUUGGCGUUUGCGUACCCCGCUACUUAGCUUGCGAGUAUAGGGCUUAUAAAUGUAGGGGAGGUUUACAAAUGGACAGGGGGCAUUGGGGGUGGAAAGAUGGAACGUCAUGGAUACAUAAGAGAUCCGGGUUUGCCGCUUUCUUAACCUCGCCACGACUUUGAUACAAGAACCUCACCUCGCCUCACCUCACCUCACCUUUCCUCACCUCACCUUUAUACACGCAUUCUCCUAUUUGAACUGUACAGAUCCUUUCUUCGAACAUAAUGGCGCCCCAGACGAUGCAGCAAUGGACGGUCGAAGGGAAGGACGGCUUCGACUCGCUUAAGCUCAACGAGAGUGCUCCCGUGCCGAAAAUUGGAGAUAGAGAUGUCCUAGUCAAGAUUCACGCGGCUUCUUUGAACUACCGAGAUCUCAUCAUCCCGAAGGGCCAAUACCCGUUCCCGCUGGACUUCGGCGUCGUGCCGGGUUCCGAUGGCGCAGGCACGGUCGAAGCGGUCGGUGCUCACGUGACCCGCUUCAAGGUUGGCGAUAAGGUUGCGACGCUCUUCAAUCAAGGCCAUAUUGCUGGUUCUCUGGAUCAAGUAUCCGUGGCUACGGGACUUGGAGGUGUGAUUGAUGGCACGCUUCGCCAGUAUGGCGCGUUCGAUGAGCAGGGACUGGUGCAUAUUCCUUCGAAUCUGAAUUGGCAAGAGGCGAGCACGCUCAGCUGUGCGGCGUUGACUGCGUGGAAUGGGCUGUAUGGGCUCGAAAGCAGGGCGCUAAAACCGGGAGAUAUUGUCUUGACUCAAGGUACUGGAGGCGUCAGCAUCUUUGCAGUGCAGUUCGCGAAGGCAGCCGGCGCAACGGUCAUUGCCACGACAUCUUCAAGCGCCAAAGCAGACACCCUGAAGAAGCUCGGCGCGGACCACGUCAUUAACUACAAAGACGAGCCGAACUGGGGCGAGAAAGCCAAGACCCUGACGCCUGGCGGAGCGGGCGUGACGCAUAUCAUCGAAGUCGGCGGACCGGCAACGAUGGCACAGUCGCUCAAUGCCAUCAAGAUCGAUGGAGUCAUCUCCAUCAUUGGGUUCCUCGGCGGAAUGUCGAAGGACCAGCCGACGUUCUUGGACUGCUUGACGAACAUCUGCACCGUCCGCGGCGUGCUCGUAGGAUCCCGGCUGCAGUUUGAGGAUAUGAACAGGGCGAUUGAGGCGAAUGAUAUCAAGCCCGUGGUGGACGAAAAGGUGUUUAAGCUCAAGGAGGCGAAGGAGGCGUACCAGCACAUGUGGGAUCAGAAGCACUUCGGCAAGCUCACCAUCAAGAUUGCGUAAGGCGAGCAGUGUGGCUUGUAGGCGAGGCUUGGAGGUGUGGACUCGUAGAUAAAUUGCGCUCUGAGGAUGGUUCGAUGAAUUAUCAGGCGAUUUGAACGAGAUGCAAUGUGGUCACUGAACUGAGAUUUGACUCGCCUUUGAUUCCCUACAGAGAGAGCUGGACCUUAGGGGUUCGGGUAAUAUCUACAU